AUGAUCAAAAAGCGAGCCACCCAAGAUGAGGAUCCAGUAUACUAUGCUAGUAUAGAAGGUACAUACAACGUGGUUAAGCGAGCUCACAUAGCCACAGGCCAUGGGGGACGUGAUCGGAUGGUCACAGAGCUCAAAAAAAGCACCGACACCCCCACCCAGGAACUGACACCAACUACCUACCAGGAACCGACACCAACUACCAACCUGGAACUGACACCAACUAAGACCCAGGAACUGACACCAACUACCACCCAGGAACCGACACCAACUACCACCCAGGAACUGACACCAACCACCACCCAGGAACCGACACCAACUACCACACAGGAACUGACACCAACUACCACCCAGGAACCAACACAAACCACCACUCAGGAACCGACACAAACUACAAAUAUGGGCUUUGCACCUCCAGCUAGUCUGCCAGUUGAUCAAAUGAGCAGUAAUAAUGAUCCACCUGUCGUAUCCUCAGAUUUAUUAAGUGACCGCUUACAAAACAUUUCAAGUGAGAGAAAGGAUGCUAGCUCUGCCCUGAUGACACAAGCUCAGCGUAUGGUCAAGAGAGUCGUGUGGAACUAG